UUGAAAUAAGAGAAAACCAUGUGGCAUGAGCCCAGCAAGUGUAGAUCUCUUUGGGCAUGGGGAAUUUAAGUAUGAGAAACCAACCCUCCAUUGGUGGUAGGAGAAGCAAUUAAAUAUGGCAAACUCAAUGCUCCUAUAAAGCCCCCCCCCCUCUUCCUCCUCCCUGCAAUAUCCUCAACAAUAUCCUGCUUCCUAGCUAGUAUCCAUGGAGAGCUCCACCACCACCCGGUCAACGAGGACUCUCUGUCUGGUGGUUGUGGUGGUCGCGACGCUAGGGUUUAACUGCAGGGUUGAAGCUCGGGCUUUCUUUGUUUUUGGGGACUCGCUCGUCGAUAGUGGUAAUAAUGACUAUCUGCUUACCAGUGCUAGGGCCGACUCUCCCCCUUAUGGCAUUGACUACCCGACUCACCGCCCCACUGGUCGUUUCUCUAAUGGCCUUAACAUUCCUGAUAUCAUCAGUGAGCAAAUGGGGACCGAACCAACGCAGCCGUACCUGAGCCCGCUGCUCAAAGGAGAGAAACUGCUCGUCGGCGCCAACUUCGCCUCCGCCGGCGUCGGCAUCCUCAACGACACCGGGAUCCAAUUCAUCAACAUAAUCAGGAUCGGGAAGCAACUGGAAUACUUCCAGCAGUACCAAGCAAGGGUAGCUGCUCUCAUCGGACCCGAACAAACUCAGGCGCUCGUAAACCAGGCUCUUGUUCUCAUCACUCUCGGCGGCAACGACUUCGUGAACAACUACUAUCUGAUUCCCUUCUCCCCCAGAUCUCGCCAGUUCGCUCUCCCGGAUUACGUCCGGUAUCUCAUCUCCGAGUACCGGAAAGUUCUGACGAGGCUAUAUGAAUUGGGGGCUCGGAGAGUUCUGGUCACGGGGACGGGGCCAAUGGGAUGCGUGCCGGCGGAAUUGGCGCAGCGGAGCCCGAAUGGCGACUGCGUGCCGGAAUUGCAGCGAGCCGCCGGACUGUUCAAUCCGCAGCUCGUCGAGAUGCUCAACGGCCUGAACAGCGAGAUCGGAGCCGACGUGUUCGUCGCAGCGAAUGCCUUGGAAAUGAACAUGGAUUUCAUCUCCGAUCCUCAGGCUUACGGAUUUGUGACAUCAAAGAUCGCAUGUUGUGGGCAAGGGCCAUACAAUGGGCUGGGACUCUGCACCCCCCUCUCAAGCCUGUGCCCUAACAGAGACAUCUAUGCAUUUUGGGAUGCAUUCCACCCAUCAGAGAGGGCCAACAGGAUCAUUGUACAGCAGAUCUUGACGGGCUCAACCAAGUACAUGAAUCCCAUGAAUCUCAGCACCAUCCUGGCCAUGGACUCUGCAACCUAAUCAUUAUUCAUCAUUGAUUUCUUGGCUACUCCCUAUUUAUUUAUGAUCUGUGUAUCAGUUCUUGUUGUUUGCUGGCCAAAGCAGGGGAUGAAGAUGAAACUAUUGUGUAAUGUUUCAAUUUUUAACAAUUAGGCAGCUUUGUUUCUUUUUUUU